UCAAAGAUGUCUGCGCCCAUUGCAAAAUAGCUGAAGUAUAUCUAAUCAGUGAUUUGGCCUGUUCCAAGGUCGUUUGAGGGGAAAGACUCAGAUGAUAAGCCGGAACAUCGAGUUGUGUGGGGGAAGCCUGUAGCGGAAACACUGAUAGACAGCCCCUUCAGACAAGAUGGUGUUGAUAUUCAAGAAGAGCCCGAUGCUCAACACAAUGACCACCUAUGCCAUAUUGUGGACCAUUGCCGAUGUCUCAGAACAGAAAUUUGUCUCAAAGAAAAAGAAACUUGAUGUGUUGAAAACUGCCCGGAUGACUGUUGUGGGGUCUAUGGUGAUUGCUCCCCUUGUUGUUGCCUGGAUCCGAUUUGCAGAACGUGUCUUCCCAGGAACACACUUCAGGGCUGUGAUCAAGAAAGUUGUCAGUGAACAGAUUAUGUUUGCUCCUGUCGGAAAUUUGAGUUUUUACACAGCUACUAGUCUGCUUGAAAGGAAGGAUGUAGUGACAGAAAUCAAGGCAAAGUUCCUUAAAACCUACAAGACGGGGCUGAUGUUCUGGCCCUUCGUCCAGACAGUCAACUACUCGGCUGUCCCCCACCUCUACAAGCCGGUGUUUGUGGCCGGCGCAUCCUUCAUGUGGAGUCUCUUCCUCUGCUUCAUGAAAGAAGAUCCUAACAAAGUGAAUGCACAAAAACCCAAGUCCAGUUAACACCGGGUAGGAUUAGUGAGACGUCUAGUAGCUGGUUUCACUGCUCAUCAAGUGACACGGCAUUCAACACCACCAACAGCUUGGGUCAUUGCUCAUCUAGUAACUCCAGACAUCAUCACCACCAACAGCUGGGGUCAUUGCUCGUCUAGUUACUCCAGAGAUCAACACCACCAACAGCUGGGGUCAUUGCUUGUCUAGUAACUCCAGACACCAACAGCUGGGGUCAUUGCUCAUCUAGUAACUCCAGACACCAACAGCUUGGGUCAUUGCUCGUCUAGUAACUCCAGACACCAACAGCUUGGGUCAUUGCUCAUCUAGUUACUCCAGAGAUCAACACCACCAACAGCUUGGGUCAUUGCUCGUCUAGUUACUCCAGAGAUCAACACCACCAACAGCUGGGGUCAUUGCUCAUCUAGUUACUGCAGAGAUCAACACCACCAACAGCUUGGGUCAUUGCUCGUCUAGUUACUCCAGAGAUCAACACCACCAACAGCUGGGGUCAUUGCUCAUCUAGUAACUCCAGACAUCAUCACCACCAACAGCUGGGGUCAUUGCUUGUCUAGUUACUCCAGAGAUCAACACCACCAACAGCUGGGGUCAUUGCUCGUCUAGUAGCUCCAGACAUCAACAGCUGGGGUCAUUGCUCGUCUAGUUACUCCAGAGAUCAACACCACCAACAGCUGGGGUCAUUGCUCAUCUAGUUACUGCAGAGAUCAACACCACCAACAGCUGGGGUCAUUGCUCGUCUAGUAACUCCAGACAUCAACAGCUGGGGUCAUUGCUCAUCUAGUAACUCCAGACAUCAACACCACCAACAGCUUGGGUCAUUGCUCGUCUAUUAACUCCAGAGAUCAACACCA